UGAGUCCGAGGAACAGCCUCGGUAGGUCAAUGUUUGAUGUUAUCCGGGGAUAUGCGGGCUGGACUUUCUCAAGUGACGUAUUCUCUUCUUUCGUGUGGUAGGUCGCCAAUGGACGAAGAGGCACAGGCGCGGUUAGAAGAAGAGGAAGAGCUGAAGAGGAUAGUGCAACGGACUGCAGACAACCUCAUUGAUAUAUCCGCAACACGGAUACUGGACCCGAUUCCGCCGGACCUUGCUGCCGAGCGGGCUGCGAAAUACAGAUCAAUACUCGCUGAAAUCGGCCCUCAACUCCGUCCCUUCCUCCCCGCCUCCAAACCCGCCUCCUCCUUCUCAUCCAGCCCGCUUCCCCGCCCACACACCUUCGAACUCCUCCAAGGCAGCGGUCUAACAAAACGCAGGAAGGAACUCAUGGCCGAGGCCGAACGGGUGCUGGUGCCGCCGUUCAAGGAGAUUAGGAUUAAGCCUGUGGGGGAUAUUUGGGUGCCGUUGAUGCCGGGAGGGCCGCCGUCGGUUGCGGGAAAUGCGACGUCGCCGGCUGCGGGUGGGGCAAAUGGGGGUGCGAAUGGAGCGGGGGCUGCGACGGGUUCGGGGCCGUCGACACCAGGGUCCGGGCCGGCUUCCUGAUGGGGAUUCCAUUAGACCGUUAGUGGUUGUUGGGCCGGGGGAAGAUCUUUCAUCGAGAUAGCGCGAGGAAAUCUCUCGGGCUUAUCGUCGAUGAGCACAUCUUUAAUGCAAGAAGGGCGAGGGGAUAUUUGUAUUAUAGUGAACCGCGCAGCGAGAUGGCCCGCGGUGGAGGCAAGGAUUGCCGAUGGCUUUUUUUGGUGUAGGAUAACAGUGUAUAUAAGUUCUCGAAGCUCUUCCAUAGUCCUAGACUCAAGGGAGAAUCCGCAUCCCCAACGGAACGUCUCA